AGCGUGGGGGCGAUCGCAUAUCUCAGGGGAGGAGGGCAGGAUACACUUUAACCAAACAAAUAUAUAAACGCAACACCCAGACAUUGAGGAUAAAGUACUCAUUUCUACAUUGUGAUGGUGACCGAAAAAAAGAAAAAAAAAAAAAGGCUGUCUACAUCUGGACAAUGCAAAAGUUAUCUUUGUGAGGUGGUAACUACCGCAGUCCUUUAUGCAGAGUGGUUUCAAGGGAUGUGUAUUUCAGUUGGUGUGUGUGUGAAUAAGUAAGUACCCCUGAACAGCUGAGAAAAUGCAUUCCUGUGACAAUCAAAGGUAAAAUUUGUGCUGUUACUCCUCCCAGAGCCAAAGAAAUUGGACUGUACGUGGAAUUAUUGGUGCUGUGUCUCCUGCAGGUGCUUUUUUGGGGGCUCUGCUCACCUCUGUGGCCUCUGGCUGAGCAGCUGCUGCCAGCGUGGCCCCUGUGAGGUAUGGGUCUGUGCUGCCUGGCACGGUAUCCCCGAGGCGAUGCGCUCGCUAGCCUGCUUGCUCUCUGCCCCUGGGGACUGCCCACUAGACUGACUGCGUGCGUGUGUCCAGACUCUACAACUGGUCAAAGCACACUUCGCCCUACAAAGGAGCUGAACGUUGCACAGGUACAAGCGUACGGACAGGAACCUUCCACACAGUGGCCACGCAACAUUUUUCUGCUUCAGCUGGACCUCACAGCGUGCCGCCGUUUCAUUUGGAAGCCAGUGCUGGGCUAAGGCUACAUGCCUGAAGUGAAUACGGACUGUUGUGAACAGCUCUGAGUCGCAAGCAGCUGCAGGAACGCGGAGCCUGACGUUUGCCAGGCGUGUCGAGGCUACGAGAAGAUGCCUCACCAUUCCCUGGGGACGUACACGUCUGGCAGCUAACUGAGAGUAGAGAUGUCCGCUUAAAGUCAACUUUGGUGCCCUUCCUAUGCUGAAACCCCUCUCUGCCCAGGGUGGUUUUCCCCAUGAAAACUAAAAUGAAGCAUUUUUACUGGUUCUUCUUGUCUACCUCCUUCCCCUGGCCUUGCCCCUGCAGCACAGCUGGGCUUGUUCUCUGAGUCAUACAUCUUGUUUCUUCCUCUUUUUGACCUAGAACUGAGGAGAGGGCUGGUCCCGUGUUUCACUCCGAAUGAAUGAAUGAGCCAGUUGUAAUGCGAUAGCCUGUUCCAGCUAUUAGGGGCUGGAAAGAAUUGGCUGCUCCUAGCACAUGUAGCUUCUUGAAACUUCAGUGGAGUUCAGUGUGCUGACCAGAGCAAUUUAUUAUUUUUUUUCCCCCUGAGACUCAGCUAACACAUCGGUAUUUUCAGAUGUUUACUCUACACAUUGAAAAGAGCUGCUGCAGACAGAAGGGAAAUGGAUGCCCCAGGCAUAGAAAGACCCUUUUCUCUUUCAACCCGUCCCUGGGCCUGGGGUGUUUGCGCAGAUGAUGAGCGUCACGCUUGGGAUACUGAACCCACCCCUGGCGUGGGGCAGGCCCACGGCGUCAGCGCUCUCGCACCUGCCAUCAGUUUGGACGGUGCCAAGAGCUGUUGGUGAACAGGCCCCUCGGCUACGACUGACGGCAGCCCCAGGAUGGGCUACGGGAGCCAGUUGUCCCUGAGAAGGAACAAAAGCCAGAAACAAUAUGACUUUCUGGUAUCUCACAGAUUUCUUUCUUUAUAUUGAUUCUUUAUAUUGGGUGCUGGCGUGAUGUAAAGAUGGGCUUUUCUGGUGUAUGCAGAAACCGGAGGCAGGCAAAAGAGGUCAGGUUUGGGCUUGGUUUUUUUUUUCCCCUUCUGGCUGAGAAAAUAAAUUUUGGGGAGGGAUGGUCACAAUAGAAAGUGGCCUUAAUAUCCCGUGCUAAGAGAGACAGCAGCAGCCCCUUCUCCAGCCCUUUUGAUGGCUGCUUGCUGCAGCACUUCUGAAGGGACAAUUAGAGCUUCCUGGGAAGGAGAAUGGCUUGAGGACAGCUGGUGCAUGUGCGGUUCAGGUCAGUCCCGAAAUAAACUCAGCAAAAAUAUGAGGUAUCGACAGAUCGGGAUGUUACUCUUCAUCCUUAAAACUGUAAUCACAGCUCUGAACGUCCCAGGCUUUGCAAGCGGCAUUGUGGCAGCCUGAACAGGUGGGAGUAGGCUGGCGAAGGAGGGCUGGAGCUAGCCUUAUUAAAAGCUUACAGUUUUGAUUUUUUUUUUUAAAAACAAGCCUAGACUUUUCUAGAGUUACCUUUAUUUCCUUCCUAAGUGUCAGUGACCUCCUAACAGCGGCAGCAGAGCCCAGAGGCAAAGGUGGAAGAUGCUUACCACGUCCUUCGGCCAGGACGAGCUUUCCUCAGGAGCUAGUGAAGAAAGUUUUGCUCCCUGCUGGAUUUAAUUAGGCAUAAGAAGUAACAAUAGCCACAUCCUACUUCCUGUUGCUCUAAACUGCAACCCAUAGUUGUUAUUCAUGAAAUUCUAACCAGCCCAGAAAUAUCCCUCCUCGUCGGCAUCAGGCUACGACCACAGAGCAGCGCACCAAAAACGCCAAGGAACCUUUUAACUUUUUUUUUUCUGUCACUGGUAUUUCGGAUGAGCAGAGCAGUUACGAGGUUCUCCCAAUGCCACGUUCAGGGAUGUUUGACCGUUAGCACAGAAGAGACCCAACAAAGGGAAAACCGCAUUUGGAACUGAUCCAGGCAGCUGCUGAGUGCCAGUGUGGCAGCCUCCUGCCCAGGAAUCACAGCGUCCUGUAGAAGGGCCUGGCCUUUUUCCUGAGCGCUGAAGUACAAACCUGUUCUAAUUAAUGAAAGGAGAUAAUUCAAAGAGAAGCUGCUGAGAGGACGGCAAGCUGCUCUUCAGACUUUGAGUAGCUUUUCACAGUCCUCCUGCUAAGAUUAAAAAGGAGCCGCAGAGUCCCUCCUCGGACCCCACGCUGUCCUGCAACCAUAAGCAGCCAUUCCAGUACCGCAAUAGCGAGCAGUGCCUUUACGCCAGCUCAGCGUACCAGCCACCUGUGGAGAUGUGCCAUUCCUUCCCCUCCUCCCAGGGCAUGGCCCAGGAAGAUCCCGCUGCCCACCGGCGCCAGAUGUCUGAGCCCUGCCUCCAGUACCCUCCCCAGGGCUUCAAACAGGAGUACCAUGACUCACGGUAUGAGCAAGCAAACCGGGCGGGCAGCAGCCAUCCGUACCCAGCAGCUGUGGUCAUCAAGCAGGAGCAGGUGGACUACGUCUAUGACUCAGAUGUUCCCGGCUGUCCUUCCAUGUACAUAAAUGUUGAGAGUUAUCCAAGCCAUUCAACUACAGAAGACACGUUAGGCUGCGGCUAUGACAAGCAGAUGAGGUCCUUUACUGAUGAUGUCUGUGUUGUUCCAGAAAAAUUUGAAGCAGGAGACAUCAAGCAGGAAGCCGGAGGGUACCGGGAGGGACCUCCAUACCAGAGACGGGGAUCUCUCCAGCUCUGGCAAUUCCUUGUGGCUUUAUUGGACGAUCCAACCAAUUCCCACUUCAUUGCCUGGACUGGUAGAGGGAUGGAGUUCAAGCUCAUUGAGCCAGAAGAGGUAGCCAGGCUGUGGGGGAUCCAAAAGAACCGUCCGGCCAUGAACUAUGACAAGCUGAGCCGAUCCCUUCGCUACUAUUAUGAGAAAGGCAUCAUGCAGAAGGUGGCUGGAGAGCGCUACGUGUACAAGUUUGUGUGUGAGCCUGAAGCCUUGUUCUCUCUGGCCUUCCCUGAUAAUCAGCGGCCAACACUGAAGGCGGAGUUUGACCGGCAGAUCAGUGAGGAGGACACGGUGCCCCUUUCUCACCUGGAUGAGAGCGCUGCUUAUCUGCCAGACCUCGGGAGCCUCCCUCCACAGCUUUACGGCAAAGGCUACCCGUACUAGCACUGCUGGGAGCACACCGUGCCACCCUUGCUUGUGUAUAUAAGGAGAUGGCUGGUGCGUAUUCAAUCAGUACAAGCAUUUUUCCAGGCCAGCCUAGGGCGGCACUAAACUAUGGAUACCUGCUUUGGUCAGGAAGAGUGUUCAGGUAUACAUGUGGAUAAUCACCUGACAGUUGACAGGGCCCUUGUGUGCUUGUGAUAAUAUCCUCGUAUUUGUCAGGAUGGGACUCGUUCUCAGCAAUGUAGACAUCUUCUGAGCAGCGGAGCUGCAGCUUCGGCAGCGUAUCAGGUAGUUGCUCCCUCCAGCCGGAACAAACGAGCCUGUCACAGUCCCUCUCAUGGGCGAGGGAGGAGAUACCGUCCUAUCAGGAUUUUUUUCGGAUAUGAGGAUGCUACAAUGCUGCUGCCGACUCCAUUCCUCCAGCACUGAAUCUCUGUAUAACCUGCCCUCAGCAGGGGAUGGCUCUGACCCACGUGGACACACCUCUGCAAGACCAGUCUUGCCUUCUUCCCAGGAUGGCUGCAACACCGUGGUCACAGAUCAUAUGCCUUCCCUGUGAACUGCUUGGUGGGAACAGGGAAUACCUGUUGUCUUGUAUGUGCAUGCUCCUGCCUUAUCACCUACCGCUCGUAACUCUUUGUGCCAGGGCUCUCCGGUAUUUAGGCACUCUGUCUGAGCUGGGGAGCUGGAGGCACUGGCCGGUAUUAGAGCAGUCCCGGAGUACAUGGCACAACACACAAUUUAGGGGAACCACAGAGCUGCCUGAUUGCCUUGGUCCGGGGCACAGGUCACCUUCAGGUAGAUGGAGCGCAGGAGGCAGCAAGGCCUGAGCCACCAGUUCAUUGUAGCGUUAUGGCUUUUCCAAACCGAACAACUUCUUCUACAACCAUCCUCGGGAUCUUUGAAGACCUGUCAGGCUCUUGAGGGUGCCCAUCCUGGGCUUGGCUGCAAAAUCAUUCGAGGCAAGAAAAGAACCUGGUGGAGGUGUGUUAAGUAAAUGCUUUGCAAAGUAAUCUAAACCAUACCUAGUUCUUAAUAUCUGAAUUUAGACUUUACCUCCACAGAUGUCUGCAUGUUUUAGGGAAAUCCUGAUGUGUUGGAGUGGCAGCUAUCUCUGCAGCCCAAUGCAGUACACGCAACUUAACUAGAUUUUGACUGGUUUUCCACAAUAGUGAACCUUUAUAACGGGCAUCACAUCCUCAUUCAGAGGUGCCUCUAUUUUUAAUUAGCAUCUGCAACCGUGUGCCCAGUUAGAGAUGGCGCAGCAGAGCGUACCCAUACAGAAAAAGCCUGUUUCCUCCUGCUUCAGGGUCUGUUCCAGCUGCUGAACAGAGAACAUUGCCAACGCUGCCAAUGUGGUAGCCUGUAGAGGAAAUUCUGUAUAUCGAUUGAAAAGCCUGAUUUCCCCCAAGCCUCUCCCCUGCAUGGCUAAUGCCAGCUCUCCCAGCCUUGUCCCUGGGCACGAGGGCAAGGAAAGGCAGCUCUUCCUGCCCGAGAAGAGGCCAGAUAUUCAGAGCAGCCUGCUCUGCGUGCCCUGUGCGGUUCAGAGACUUGGUGUUCCGGCAGCUCCUGGCCCUCCUGCCUGGCCCUGCUCCCACCUGGCAAGCACACAUCCUCCGGUGUCCCAGAAGUGAGGGUGAAGGGGAACCCUUCCAUUGGUAUAAGCUGCCUUUACUAUUUAUGAGUGUAAAAAUACUAUAAUUAAUAAAUUGGUCUAUGUCUUUGGCCAGUGCACCUUCAUUCAGCCCCUGGCUAGUCCUCCCUUAUCUUCUGAGCUUGCUUUGCCCAUCUCCUUGGCACCAGCUUGCAGCUUCGGGUAGCUGACCCAGAGAGUUCAGGGAUGCAUGUUUAUUUCUGAAUCUUGGUGGAGUUCACGAAAUGAACAUUUCACUCCCUUGACAUCUUCACAACCAGUCAUACAACCAGGACUGAAAGAUCACAACGAAAUACGCAACCUCCGGCUGCACCUGGUGUCAGGGGAACAGUUCUCUGCAGCUGCAGAGAACAUCGCCCACGCUCCCGCACUGCAGUACGCUGGCCACUGAGCCAAGCGCCACGGUUUUAAUUAGCUUUUCCCUGAACUUCAUCUCUGUCUUAAGCAGCGGCACGUCAGGUUGCUCGCGAGGAAAGUGAGCGUGUUACCGCCUGCUGAGCUGGUACCGCGAGCAGGGCAGCGCAGGGCAUGCCAGCCAUGAGAGUGUGCCAGCGGCGGAGCCGGGAGAGCCCUGCCAGGACAAGCCGCCCAGCGGGGACAGGAGUUACCCUGAGUGGAGGAGCCCUUUCACGCUGCACCUUCCAUGAGAGUCAGGUACCUCCUAAGGGAAGUAUUUAUGCCUUCUGGAGGCAAAUCGUGGGCUGUACCCUGCUGCAACGCUGUGUUUCUAAUAAAUGAGACUAGUAGCUUGCUUUUAUUUGAUAUCGCAAUCUGCAAGAUUCCCAAGGAUUUUAUGUUUAUCCAAUAUUCUUUGGGCUACCCUCUGCCCAGCCAAUCUUCCGUCCAGAAAGGGAAUUCAGGGAGCCAGCUGGCGUUUGGAUGAAAUUUUAGCUCCAUGUUUCACUGAGGUUUGUCAAGUCAGUGCAACGGAUCGAUACCUGCAGAGCAGUUCUGGGAAUGGGCAAGAUCAGGUUCUCAUAAUCGAGGGGCAGUGACCUCCAAAGGGCAGAGAGUCAGCAAAGAGCUGGAGUCAAUGCAUACAUUCUGUGUUUCCAGUUCAGCAAGACAGAGAGGCAGCCGAUCAGAGAAAGAUUUUGGAGGUUAACAGACAAGUGUCAUAAAUUUCUCAUGCUUGUCCUGAAAGCGCCAGCUCCAUUCCCGCCACACGGAAGAUGUUUCAGCCUUGCUAUCUGGUCGCUCACAUUCCUGGUCGUACAGCAAAGUUGCAACAACUCUCGAUACAGACAGCAGAGCUGUAUUUUCCCCAGCUGAAUGCUUUUGGCACUUGAGUGGGGAGAAGCGCGUGUUGCUGUGUGACAGAACAGACCGCCAGUGUAACACCUUUCAGCCAGUAUCCCUUCACCACACAAACUCACAGCUGCGCUACGUCAGGCAGGUAAGAAAGGUAAGGAUGACAUAAUUCUUAACGGAAAACCCUCUAAAGACAGAGUUCUGCUCAUGGCAAGCGCUGACACCUGGCUACAAAUAUAUCUAACGUUCUCACACUUUUUUUACUAUUGUUUACUUGUUAUAUUCAAGAUUUAUUUUAGCAGCUUAUUCCUCAGGAUGUGAUGAU